CCCACACUCCAGAGUGUGCAGCAACGCACAUCUAUUACUGAUGAUCAUCAGAGAUUUACUGAAGAAUGGACACCUUCCCGAAGUGUUCUGUCUGUCAGCAGCAGUUUACCCUGAAAAGUCCAGUCCCCUACUUACUGCCCUGUCUACACGCUGUGUGUGAGACGUGUGUGACAUCUGCAGCUGGUGGUGUGAUAUCAUGCUCUACAUGCCAGAGGAAGGUCUACCUCACAGACACAAGCCUCCAGAAGGAUGCAGUCAGACAGAAGGAAAUAUUCCACCUGACAGUCAAACAUCACCCCACAGAGCUUCUCUGUACAAAUGAAGAUGACGGGAACCAGGCUGUGUGUUGGUGUCAGGAGUGUGAAGAGUUCCUCUGUGAAUACUGCCAGAACAUGCACAGCAGAAUCAAACUUACCAGGAACCAUGUACUUCAAAACUUCUGUGACAUGGAACCGACUGUCUCGAAGAUUCCAACAUUUUGCGGUAUCCAUAAAUACCACCCCCUUUAUCUGUUUGAUAAAAGCUGCAAGAAGUUAAUCUGUGCGAAAUGUAGGUUUGAUGUCCACGCAGACCAUGAAGUUGUGGAGCUGGAUGUGGCUGCUGAUACUGUAGCAAAAAAGCUGGAUCAACAUAGGAAUGAGCUAUCAACGUUACAGGCUCGCCAGCAAUCACACAUGCAGAGCAUCAGACAGGGAACCGAAUCCACCGACAGGACACACAACACUUUGAAAGAAACUAUUGGCCACACAUUCCAAUCUCUGAGAUCACAACUGGACAAAAGAGAGAAGGAACUUCUGAUCGAUCUUGAAAGUCAGACGAAGGAGACCAAGGCAACUCUACAUGCUCAACUCACCACAUCUGAAGAAGAAUGGAAGACAUGCACUGGGGUUUUAGACUACAUCGCCAUAGUCCUCCUCUAUGCCUCUAAGUCAGACCUCGUGGAACUGGAGAGUUAUGUAGGGUACAUAACGCGGACCUACCUAGAAACCGCAGCGCCUCAAACACAUGUCGUACCUACAGCUGUCUUCAACACCAACAGCUUGUCAACACUGAAAUCAAACAUAUCAGUGUUUGGUGCCAUUUUGCCUAGGGCAGUGGAUGAGGAAUCUGUAAAAGACAAGGAUACUCAGACUGAUGAUGAUUUAAUGGCAGACUUGGAAAUGAAACACAAAAUGGACCUAACACAGCUGAAGACGAAAAUUGGUUCAGACGAAAAACAUAUUGAAAGCCUCAAAACACUUACAGACAAGCUCAAUGCUGAAAUGGAAAGCUUGAAAUCGCGCAUUAAGGAGAAGGAAACCACAGAGAAGAUCGCCUCAAAAACCAUGGAUGUCUUACUUGGUGUGGCCAGAGAAUGCGGUGUUCAUCUGCUGAAGUCAGACGUUGCAGACAGAUCUAUGGUGCUGAAGUGUAUACAUCUGAAGUAUGACAAAGACAGAGUCAAUCUCGACAAAGUCCACAUCAACACAGAAGGAGACCUCGUCAACAGGAAGUUGGACACCAGACCUGCAGGGAAGGGCAGACUGAAGGAGUACCAUGGCACAUGUAGCACUGCCCCCCUCCCCCAGGCUGGCUGUCCCCAGUACUGGGAGAUGGUGAGUAGGGUCAGUCUGGACAAACCACUUCCAGGGAACCGCCUCAACCUGGAGGUAGGGGUAUGCAGGGAAGAGCAGAGUGACGUGUGUCAUUGUAUCAAUGGACAACCCAGCUCCUGCUGCAUGCAGGUCGCCCACUGUACUACACACGGCGGGAUAUGCAUUAAGACAUGGAAGGAAGGGAGGUAUGUGCAACAUCUGCCCGAAACUCUCCCCAACACAGCGGGGGCAUCACACACACUACAUUACGGUGUUGUCUAUGAUGACGCCAGGAAGAAGAUUGUCUUCAUUGAUGUGAAGGAGAACAAAGUGAUGUCGACGUUAGACAAUGUAGACUCCAGUCAGCCACUGUGGCCGAUGUUCGGGGUGUAUAACCCAGAUGACGUCACUGUCAGCAUGACACUUGUAUUGGGCAGCGACAUCAACAUGACAGAGGAGAAGAAAGCAAUGAUUGUCAAGGCGCUGUCGUGAUGGUGACAAUGAGUGUCAAGGUGCUGUCGGUAUGGUGAGAAUGAUUAUCAAAGCACUGUCGUAAUGAUUACAAUGAUAGUCAAAGCGUUGUCGUGAUGGUGUCAAUGAUUGUCAAGACGUUGUCGUGAUGGUGACAGUGAUUGUCAAGGUACUGUCGUAAUGGUGACAAUGAUUGUCAAGGCGUUGUCGUGAUGGUGACAAUGAGUGUCAAGGCGUUGUAGUGAUGGUGACAAUGAUUGUCAAGGGAUGUCGUGAUGGUGACAAAGUGUCAAGGCGUUGUAGUGAUGGUGACAAUGAUUGUCAAGGGAUGUCGUGAUGGUGACAAAGUGUCAAGACGCUGUCAUAAUGGUGACAAUGAUUGUCAAGGCGAUGUCGUGAUGGUAACAAUGAUUGUGAUAUGAACACACAGAUUUGAAGCAGAAACUCACUGCUCAGGAACAACUACAUGACUCGAAAAUGUCUUCUGUGUGAAAGAAGGCUUUCAUCUUCGUUUAUUUAAAUAUCAUUAUGUAAACAAUGAAGUGUGUACGCAACACAAAACCAGAAGUUUAAAUUAUGAUCUUCUAACAGCAAUCAAAUAUACGCCCCUGAACCUGUAAUAUUGAUGUGAUGUGCGUAAAUGUAUAUGACAUUUAGAUAUAUAGGAAAAACGGUUUUGUUUCGUUGUUUGUUUCUUUGUUAUUUAACGCCGAACUCAGCAAAAUUCCAAUUAUAUGAUGUUGGGCUGUAAUAAAUCAAGGCUGGACAAGAUAAUUCAGUGAUUGGCGUCAAGAGCAUCCAUGUACGCAAUUGGGAUACGAUGAUAUUCAUCAACCAAGUAAGCGAGCCUGACCACCCAAUCUCAUUAGUCUCCUCUUACAAGCAUAGUCGCCUCCCAUAACAAGCAUGUGUUGCUGAAGACCUAUUCCUACUUUGAUCUUCAUGGGUGGGGUAUAACUAUCAUGGUACAUGGUACGACACACAAUCAGGCAAGUCGCCGGAACUGACCAAUCGAUCCACGCAGUCGCCUCGUUGUCCAUGCUGACAGUGGAUGGGGAUGUCAGUGGGAUUUUGUGAGAGAUGUUUAUGCAACUGAAUAAUGUAAGCGAUAUAUUACGAGAAGCUAUUGUUUUAAAAAUAUUUACAUUAAAGUUGAUUUGGUUGUUUUGUGACAAUAAAUAUUAUGUGGCAAUCAACAGUGACAAUUCGUGUUCAUUUGGACUGUUUCGCGAUGAUGAUUUUGCACGAUGGGGAAUACACAUGCAUUGUCAAUUUGUUUAAAGCGUGUAUACUUUCUUGUUUUACGUGAAAUAUGUUGUAUACAAGGAGUAUAUUUAGGACAAAAUAUAUACUUAAAGACGCCUCCUGCAUUUCUAUAAGACAUGUCACCUUAAUUAUGAGACAGAUGGCGACAUGUUUUCCUUCAAGAAGUUUCUUUUCGAGAAAAUUCAAGAACAUAUUUUACACCCGCCUCAGUGACUAUUGUAGAAUUAUUGCGUAUACGUUGUUGCAGGAUUUGGUGUACCUGCUGUUUUACACCACGAGCCGGAGUGGAGUGGUAUAUAAUCUAACGCGGAACGCAUAAAACCACAUGUAUCCCGAGUAAUACUUUUUGCCUUGAAGCAGGGUAAAAGGGAUUCAUUCUCCCUCUCAGAAAUGUAUUUCCCUGCCAGGCGGGAUACAUAGAAUGUUAUCAAGAACACGUGUACCAAUCCUAUCUCAUCAUUCUGACUUGGUGAGGUGAGGUGAAAUGGGGUUUAACGUCGCGGUCAUAAUUAUUGCACUUGCAGGGCGACGUGCAGGCAAGGUUAUAUAUGUGGCUGCUUGUUCUAAUCCCCUCUAAUGCCGACUGAUAUACAUGCAACAGCAAGAACCAUCUUUUAACGUCUUUUGGUAUUACGCGGCCGGGUAUUGAACCCCGACCUUCUGCUCUACGGGCGGAAGCUCCACCACUAGACCACGAAGGCGUUCUCAUUCUGACAUUGAGGUAUGGACCCGUGAAAAUCCGGGGUAGAAUAGAUCUUCAGUAGCCCAUGCUUGCCGUCAAAGGCGAUAAUGCCUGUCGUCAGACUAACGGGAUCGGGUGUCAGGCUCACUAACUCGGUUAAUGUAAAGGUGACGCUGUUCUUCAGGUCUUCCAUUAACUACCGGACUAAGGAGGGCAGAUGGAAAGACCUAGGGAUUCUGCAUAUGAUAAUGCCCUGAAAAAUAGCUUUACCGUUAUUAUAGCUAAAAUUAUCGAGAGAUGAUCAUUGGAAGCCAGUGGAUUUAUUGGAUGGACAUAAGGAUUUAGCAAUUAGGUGAUGUCGUAGGCGGGAUGUAGUAGCCUUGAUCCCUGUUCAUUGCUGGUUGGAUCCUUUUGAUGUAGACGGCUUCUAGGAGUUUUCUGAUUUGUAGUCUGACUGAUUGUUGGCCAGGAUCUUGAUGUUGUUUCACUGGAUGUACUGGUCGGGGUGGGUUUGGGUGUGGUCGGACAUGGCAGAUUUUGAGUCUUUUUAUUUGUACUGAGGUCUUGUGUUCUUUUAUUCAAAACCGGCCAUCUCCGACCACACCCAAACCCAUCCCGGGGUUAUCAUCUUCAUCAUCGCUAUAAUCAUCGUUGUCAUCAAUAUCAUUAUCAUCAUUAACAACAUCUUUUUUAGGUCA